GAAAGCAAACAAAUAGAGGAAAUGAAUUAGUACAAAAAAACCAGCUGCUUCCUUGAAGUGGUAACACAUGAUGAGUAAGUAUAGAAACGAAUUAAACUUACUUUCAGCGAAUGAAUUGCAAAAGUCAGCUGCCUGAGCUCAGGGAGAGAAGCAAACAGUGCUAACCAAUUCUUAGACGUCCAACCAUCUGUCAGUGAUAGCACUGAAAGCACUGGAGCAUGCUGGAUCGUAAUGUUACAACCGGAACCACUCGACUUAAUGAAAAGCACUUUGAGAGAAGGCACAUUAAGUUUAUAUUCUUGCCGGCUACAGUAUAAAACCCUCAACUCUUGGAGCAGGGGGCACUCCGGCUGUAACUUCUGCAGGAAAUCUUCAGGCAUGAUAACAUGUUCAAGCUCAAUAACGACCAGCUUACGAAAUCCCACAAAAGAAGAUGGUGCACCAACACUACAAUGCUGCAGUUUCAAAACAGUCAGGUGACUGCAGGCGGUGAACAGGGAGGAAGGCAGCUUGGUCUGACCCUUGGAAAACCGAAGAGCAAGUUCAUGGACACCUUUGCUUCCAACGUGAGGAAUCAACUUACAAAUACGUGGACAGUCUUCUCUGAAUCCAGGAAUUGAGAGCUCAAACUUGGUUACUGGACCAUCAUGAAGCAGCAGAGCUUCGUAAAUGUCCAUCAUGACCUUUUUCUCAUCCGGUAAAUAGGGUUCCGUAAUGGGGAGUGGUGGAGCAAAACUACCGUCGAACACAAGUUGAGGAAUACUUCUCCAAUGAUGCCUCCAGUUUCUUGACAGGAUGCUGGUUCUCGCUGCAUCUUUUAUGGGCAACAGCGUCAGAAUUUGCUCUAUCGCAUUGGCUGGAACGUUGCUAAUCCUAUCAACAGUCGACUCGCCCAGCUCCAUUGUCGUUGGCUUUAUAGUACACAAAACCACAAACAAGUGAUCGGUGCUCUGCUCAGCUUCACAACAAAGAGAGAACGAAGUCUUUUCUCUCCCUCUCACUGAAGGAGAAGAAACAGAGGGAAACUUUGAUGGAGACACAUUGCCAAAACCCUAAAUAACCCACCAAUCUUUCUUUCUUUAUAUACCCUAAGGAAAACCCUUGUCGAGAAAGAUGACGCUUACACCGUAACACGCCACUUUCGCAGUAAAAAACGGAAUCAAUGACCGGAAUAAAAGGGAAUAAAAAAGGAAGAGAGUACCCCCAUCAAUACGCAAAGGCACUUGUGACCACCGUCACAUCUAACGACUGAGAAUACGCCAAUGCUCCCAUCCAAAGGCUUUAUGUGUCUCCCCCGUCGAGUAACAAAAAUGUCACCGUCUCAUCUGAUGGAUGAGAAUGCAUGAAACGCCAUCCGGCGGUUCAGUGGGUAUCUGCCUGGCCGGCACAGAGAAGGGUACCCCUAUGCACAGCCUGGUUGUAUCUACACAAAGCUGAGAAAACUGUAACAAACACAGAUUGUAGAAGGAAAAAUUAAACAUUUCGAAUCGUGCACUUCCCGAGAAGUUGAAGUGAUGCCAAGGUUAAAAUGUGAGUGUAAAGCUACAAAGUGUUGGCUUCUUUGGACGCACAAUUAUAUGAUCCAUUCACAAAUGAAGUGUCCAACUUACGGCAAAGCGGGAAGUUGACUCUGGGAAGAUGUGGGGCCUUGGCUAACACAAACCUCAUCAGCUCCACUACUACCUGCAAGCCUGGCCUGUCCUGUCCUGAGUGUCCAACGCGUGAAGACAACUACCAUAUCAAUCAGACUGCAGCUCCUCUGCUUCAACAACAUAUUUUUUAGGUUGAAUGGUGAGCGGGCGCAAGUUGGGGGAGCUCAUGAGGACAUAUAAGAAACUGCGCUUCCUGCAAGCUGUCCAAGAAUAUGUUAGGCAUUUCCAGGACUUGUAAGUGGUGAAGAGGAGUAGGAAGCCCAGUGGGGAUAUUAUCACUUGCAGCAAGGUACUAACAAUUACAAAGCAACAACAUGAAUGAAUGAGGCGAGAAACCAGGUAGACAAGGUUGAACAAGUCGAGUAGGGGGAAGCAAAGCUUACUUUCUCGAAUUCGAGCCCAAGAUUUAACUGCUGGAGUGCAAGGAGAAAAGCAAAUACAGUGACCACAUCCAGCUCCAUAACAUCCCCAACGGGGAAACAAGGGCUAUGUUCAUAUUUAUCAGUAGCUAAACAACACUUGCCUCCAUGAAUAUCAAGAAUUGUUACCACUGAAAGAAGUUGGAUAAACUCAAAGACAAUUGACAUCCACUCACACUGAAGAGAAAGCACUUUAAGACGAGGAACAACAAUCUCAAGUUUACCAACUGAGCCAUAACUUAAAAAGACUCAAUUCUUCAAGCAGCGGGCACUUGGGAAUGACAUUCUCAAAGAAAUCACCCAACAGCUACAAGAUUUCCCAUUCAAGACGAGUAAGCCUGCUAAAUCCCACAAACCAAAUUGUUUCCAAAUGCAAAACUUCUGGAAAGACGAGACUAAAUUCCUGGACCCCUUUGCUGGAAAGGCGAAGAAUCAUCCAAUUGAUAUCAAGAACAUGGGGUCAAGCCAGGAAUGUCAAGCACGAACUCAGUUAUCGGACCAUCACAAACCAUCAGAACUCUGUGAUGCGAGUAAAAUCUCCAUCGAAAACAAGUUGGAGAAUGUUUCUCAAAAGAUACCUCCACUUACUUGACAACGCAGCUGCUUUGAUGGCAUCUUUUACGGGAAAGAAGGCGAGAAGCGCUGUGACAUAACGAAUUCUACACAUACAGAGAGUGGGAAAUGAUGGCAGAACCCUAAGCCCUUUUUCAGAAGGAGACUCGGAGAAAUGGCGGAUGUGUGAUACACUGAUACUGCUACAGCUACUAGGCACAAAACGACACGCCUUUUCGCCUCUGUUUCCUACCUACGACGAUUUGUGAUGUCGUUUUGCUGCACCCAAUGGAUACAAAGAUUUCCCAGUUCCAAGCUGUGCUUAAGCUUCUUUCUUCUUCCCUUUUUUUUCUUCUUCUUAUCAUUGCUCGGAACUUGCUCCCCUUCCAUUCUCCUGGCUCACCCAGAUAGUCUGCGGAGAAGUCCGGACGGCCGGCCGGCCAGGUAACCAAAUGAUUCGUUUGGCGGCUUAAAAGCUGAAGGUGUGGUUAGGGUUCGUUGAUUUCGCCUUGAAGGUUCUGAUAAAAGUUACUCAUACCAGUGACUCCUCGACGAGUUAUAAUAUGAUCGAGAAGAGGAAGGUGCUGCUUGCAGAGUUGGAGGGUGAUAGAAUUAGUAACCUUCCCGCCCAUCUAAUACAACUAAUUCUUACGUCCUUCCCAUAAGAGAAGCAGGGAAAACUAGCAUACUGUCAAGACAAUGGAGGCACCAUUGGAGAAACAUCACCCGCCUUGUGUUUGAUGAUGAGUUUUAUGAACUGGAGGUGGACUUCGAUUCUGAAUCGGAAGUGAAUAGUCUAGUCAUGAGAAUUCAGCGAGCUCUGCAGGUUCAUGAUGGACCUAUAACCGAGUUUGUGCUUUCGAUUUCUGGAUUAACAGCCGCUGCUGAUAAUCUUCACUUGGUUUCUUACCUCUCCAACAAAGGCAUCUCUGCACUCUCCCUUCUGUUCGAUUUUGACCAGCACUCAUACGGUGAAGAGAUCAGCUCUUCUGUUUUUCUUGCUCGUAAAUUGGAUAGCCUGAAACUGCAGGCAUGUAAAUUAAAAGUACCACCUUGGUUUGUGGGAUUUACCAGGCUGACUGUUCUUCAGUUAGAAAUGGUAUGUUUGCCCGAUGAUUUCUUUCAGAGUUUUCUUCUCGAGUGCCCGCUGCUUGAAGAUUUGAGAGCUUCCUACGUUGUGGGUCCUAGUAAGCUUGAAAUUGUAGGUCCACCACGUCUCAAAGUGUGCAUCUUUAGGGCGUAUCGUGUGCUAGAAACUAUUAGCUUCAGUUCUACUCCGUUGCUUUCUUUGAUUUCAAUUCAAGCGGAGAUGUAUGUUCAGUAUGUUUCCGAUACAACUGCUGUAGAUAUAGUCUCUACAUUUGUUUCCCUCCCAGCACUCCAGCAAUUGAAUCUAAGCUUUGAGUGCCUCCAUUUACUUGCUGCAGGUCCUGUUCCAGACAGGUUUCCUAUGGCACUUCACCACUUGGAAGUUCUUGACAUUGGCAAUUGUUAUGAUGAUCAGUGUUUGCUUGAGCUGGAGGUUCUCCUUUGUCUUAUAAGGAGUUCCCCCAACUUGUAUAAACUUACAAUUCAGGACACUCGCAUACUUGAUGGUUUAAAUGUUGAGAGAGAAUUGACUCCCUUGACAUCUGAAUCAAAUGGAUAUCCAGAUCCUGAAGCUGAAGGUAGUUACUGUCAAAGUCUUACAGAAGUCCAUGUCCGGAAUGGUAAAGGCUCCCGGGAUGAGCUAGACCUGUUGAGAUUUCUGUUGGCCAACGCCCCGCGACUGAGUAGAAUUGUCAUUAAACCGGAGUAUAAGUUGAGUUGGGGAAGUUGUGUAGACUUCUUGGAGAAAGUUAGACAGUGUGAAUGUGUCUCAAAAGAAGCUGAGAUCAUAUAUGUCAAUAUGUCUGAUGUGAUCCUCUUAAGUAGGAGAUUGACAACUUCUUAGCUUAUAUUAUUCACGACCUUUUAUCUCCGACAAAGCAAUACUCUAAGUCUCUACUUAGCAGUUUAUCUUGAUGGUUUGGAGCUGGGAAUGGUGUAAGGACUUUCAUAUGGAUGUUUUUCUCUCUUAAUUUACCUUUCUAAUGUUACACUCCCUUCUCUCUAAGAGAGCCUCCAUUUUCCAGCCUUCAAUGGCUGCUGACGGCUCCCUCUGGUGACCGGUGGCAGCCCAAGCUUUAUUUUCGUUUGCUUAUCUUGCUUUCCAUGUUCUCGUUUCUCUUGCCUUUGUUCUAGGCGUUUCACCUGCUAGUAUUUCAAUUUCUCCAGCCGUUUUGGCAUUCCAGAUCUAGAGUUUUCCAGGUUCAAGGCUUUGCUUGGUUGGGGGAUCCAGAGGUUGCAGCUUGGGAAGCUUUGAUUUUCUCUAUGUGAUGGUUGGUCUUCCAGGUUGGUGGUAUCAUCUCCGAGGUGAAGUCAUUCUCAUCUUCCCCCCUCUGACUUCCCCAGGCUGUUGUUGGUGCUUGGAUGGUUGUCGGAUCGUGGAGGGGUGAGUCAUCUACGGUUUCUAUGGUGGAAGUCGGUUCCUUUGUGGCGGUAAGUGGCUCUCCUCAAACAGGGGGCACUUCUGCUGCAGACUCUGAAGGAAAUCUUCAGGCAUGAUGACGUCCUCAAGUUCAAGAAAGGCAAGCUUAUGAAGUCCCACGUACGAAAGAAGAUGGUGUACUGAAACUGCAAUUCUUCAAUUUCAGAACAUGCAGUCAGGUCAUAGUAAUAAUAAAUUAUUUUUAGAAUUAAUAGCUACAUAAGUCUGUGUAAUAGUGAAAGAUACAAAUGAGACAAAUGAGCCUAUAUGAUAUAGACACAAGUUAUGAGGCUAACACACAAUUUAGUAGUAUAAUAUUACUACUGAUAGUUUCAAUCAAGAGGG